AUGGCGGAGAUCAACGGUGCUCAGACCAAGAACGGCGUCACGGUGCCCAAGGUUAACGGCAAGGCCUCCUAUGCUGAAAAGCACAGCAUUGCAGACCACUUCAUUGGUGGCAACCGACUCGAGAAUGCUCCCGAGUCCAAGGUCAAGGACUUUGUAGCCAGCCACGAUGGACACACCGUCAUCACCAACGUUCUGAUCGCCAACAAUGGUAUUGCUGCUGUCAAAGAGAUCCGAUCGGUUAGGAAAUGGGCCUACGAGAUGUUUGGCGACGAACGCGCUAUUCGCUUCACUGUCAUGGCGACGCCCGAAGAUCUGCAGGCCAACGCAGAGUACAUUCGCAUGGCCGACCACUACGUCGAGGUUCCUGGCGGCACCAACAACCACAACUAUGCCAACGUCGAGCUGAUUGUGGAUGUGGCGGAGCGCAUGAACGUCCACGCCGUCUGGGCUGGAUGGGGCCACGCUUCCGAAAACCCUAAGCUUCCCGAAUCCCUUGCUGCCUCCCCCAAGAAGAUCGUUUUCAUCGGCCCUCCGGGGUCCGCUAUGCGAUCACUCGGUGACAAGAUUUCGUCUACUAUCGUUGCACAGCACGCCGAAGUCCCCUGCAUUCCCUGGUCAGGGACCGGAGUCUCAGAUGUCGAGGUUGAUUCCCAAGGAAUCGUCACCGUCGCCGAUGAGAUAUACCAGAAGGGCUGCGUCUCUUCGUGGCAAGAAGGUCUGGAGCGAGCCAAGGAGAUUGGCUUCCCCGUCAUGAUCAAGGCCUCCGAAGGCGGUGGUGGUAAAGGUAUUCGAAAGGCCAUGGGCGAGCAAGGUUUCGAGCAGUUGUAUAAGGCGGCGGCGAGUGAAAUCCCCGGCUCUCCCAUCUUCAUUAUGAAGCUCGCCGGAAACGCCAGGCAUUUGGAGGUCCAGCUUUUGGCCGAUCAGUAUGGAAACAACAUCUCCCUCUUCGGCAGAGAUUGUUCCGUUCAGCGACGACACCAAAAGAUUAUCGAGGAGGCUCCUGUCACCAUCGCUAAGCCUGACACUUUCAGGGCCAUGGAGGAGGCCGCUGUCCGUCUGGGUCGGCUAGUCGGCUAUGUCUCCGCUGGCACGGUCGAGUACUUGUACUCGCACGCCGACGACAAGUUUUACUUCCUCGAGCUCAACCCCCGUCUGCAGGUCGAGCAUCCCACCACUGAGAUGGUCAGCGGUGUGAACCUGCCAGCUGCUCAACUCCAGAUUGCCAUGGGUCUGCCUCUGCACAGGAUUCGGGAUAUCCGACUGCUGUAUGGCGUCGACCCCAAGACCGGCACCGAGAUCGACUUCGAAUUCAAGAACGAGAGCAGUGGUUCUUCCCAGCGCCGCCCGACCCCGAAGGGCCACACCACCGCCUGCAGAAUUACCUCUGAAGAUCCUGGCGAGGGCUUCAAGCCGUCCAAUGGUGUGCUGCACGAUCUGAACUUCAGGAGUAGCUCCAAUGUUUGGGGUUAUUUCUCUGUCGGUACCGCCGGUGGUAUUCACAGUUUCUCUGACAGUCAGUUCGGCCAUAUCUUCGCCUAUGGCGAGAACCGUUCGGCCUCGCGGAAGCACAUGGUCGUUGCGCUCAAGGAGCUGAGCAUCCGCGGUGACUUCAGGACCACUGUGGAAUAUCUCAUCAAGCUUCUUGAGACCGAGGCUUUCGAGGACAACACCAUCUCGACCGGUUGGUUGGAUGAGCUCAUUUCCAAUAAGCUCACCGCAGAGCGGCCCAACCCUGUAUUGGCUGUCAUCUGCGGAGCUACCACCAAGGCUCAUAUCGCUAGCGAGGCGUGCAUGGCCGAGUACCGCGCUGGUCUCGAGAAGGGUCAAGUCCCAUCCAAGGACAUCCUCAAGACGGUGUUCCCUGUCGACUUCAUCUACGAGGGCUUCCGCUACAAGUUCACCGUUACCCGCUCGAGUGCUGACAGCUAUACGCUAUUUAUCAAUGGCUCGCGAUGCUCCGUCGGUGUUCGCGCCCUCAGUGACGGUGGUCUCCUAAUCCUGCUCAACGGCAGGAGUCACAACGUGUACUGGAAGGAGGAGGUUGGAGCUACCCGUUUGUCUGUUGACAGCAAGACUUGCCUGCUCGAGCAGGAGAACGACCCUACCCAGCUGCGCACUCCUUCUCCCGGAAAACUCGUCAAGUACUCUGUUGAGAAUGGUGAGCAUGUCGAGGCCGGCCAAGCAUUUGCCGAGGUUGAAGUCAUGAAGAUGUACAUGCCUCUACUGGCUCAGGAGGCCGGCAUUGUCCAGCUCAUCAAGCAGCCCGGUUCCACUCUUGAGGCUGGUGACAUCUUGGGUAUCCUUGCGCUUGACGACCCCAGCCGUGUCAAGCAGGCUCAGCCGUUCCUGGAUAAGAUCCCGGAUCUCGGACGCCCCGUCGUGUCCGGUAACAAGCCGGCACAGCGUCUCGCUGAGCUCCACAGCAUUCUGAACAACAUUCUGCUGGGUUACGACAACCAGACCAUCAUGGCUCAGACCCUCGGCGACUUUAUUCAGGUCCUGCGCGACCCUGAGCUGCCAUUCAGCGAGUGGAAUGCCCAGUUUGCUGCCUUCCAUUCCCGCAUGCCUCAGAAGCUUGAUGCUCAGCUCACGCAGAUCGUCGAGCGUGCCAAGUCGCGGCCGUCAGAGUUCCCCGCUCGCAACCUCGCUAGGGCAUUCCAGAAGUUCCUCGAUGACCACGUUGCUCCUGGCGAUGCUGAGCUCUUGAAGUCCACCCUUGCUCCUCUCACGGACAUCCUGGCCCUUUACGCCGAUGGUCAGAAGGCUCGUGAGCUCAACGUCAUCGCUUCUCUGCUCAGUCACUAUGCCGACUCUGAGAAGCUCUUCUCUGGUCGUCGCUCGCAGGACGAGGAAGUUAUUCUGAAGCUCCGUGACGAGAACAAGGACAACAUCACCAGCGUCGUGCAGACCGUCCUGUCACACAGCCGUGUUGCAGCCAAGAAUGGCUUGAUCCUGGCCAUUCUCGAGGAGUACCGCCCUAACAAGCCCAAUGUUGGCAACGUUGCGAAACACUUCAAGCCGGUUCUUCGCAAGCUUACCGAGCUGGAGUCUCGCCAGACUGCCAAGGUCUCGCUCAAGGCUCGUGAGAUCCUGAUCCAAUGCGCCCUUCCUUCUCUCGAGGAGCGUCAGUCCCAGCUUGAGCUGAUUCUGCGAUCAUCUGUCGUCGAGUCCCGCUAUGGCGAGUCUGGCUGGGAGCACCGUGAGCCUAGCCUAGAGGUUCUCAAGGAUGUUGUCGAUUCCAAGUACACUGUCUUUGACGUUCUGCCCCGCUUCUUCGCUCAUGAGGAUCCUUGGGUGUCGCUGGCAGCCCUUGAGGUGUACGUCCGUCGUGCUUACCGCGCUUACAUCCUCAAGCAGAUUGAUUACCACCUCGAUGAUGCUGGCUCGCCUGGAUUUAUCUCUUGGGACUUCUCCCUGAGGAAGAUUGGUCAGUCCGAGUUCGGUCUGCCGCUGCAGUCUGCAGCGCCAUCCACUCCUGCCACUCCCAACGAGUUCGGUAUGUCGCGCAUCAGCUCGAUCAGCGACAUGUCCUACUUGGCCAGGAAGACCGAGGACGAGCCCACGCGCAAGGGUGUUAUCAUCCCUUGCAGAUACAUUGAUGACGCCGAAGAGCUCCUCGCCAAGGCCCUGGAGACACUGCCCUUGCCUGGACAAGCACGCAAGCCCCGCAAUGGCUUGAUCCCGAGCCUGGAGGGUAGGCGCCGCCCUGCUCCUCCUCGCUUGGAUAUGGGUGGGGACGAACUCUCUGCUGUUGUCAACGUCGCUAUCCGUGAUGCCGAGAACCAGACCGAUGUCGAGAUCCUCAGCCAGCUGAAGCCGCUUGUCGAACAAUACAAGGACGACCUGCUGGCCCACCGCGUGCGCCGUUUGACUUUCGUCUUCGGCCGCAAGGACGGCUCUUACCCCGGUUACUACACCUUCCGUGGCCCUGAAUAUCAGGAGGAUGACAGCAUUCGUCACGUCGAGCCUGCUCUCGCCUUCCAGCUUGAACUUGGCCGCCUCUCCAAGUUCAAGAUCAAGCCUGUCUUCACGGAGAACAAGAACAUCCACGUCUACGAGGGUGUUGGCAAGGGAGUUGACACUGACAAGCGGUACUUUGCUCGUGUCGCGGUUCGACCCGGCCGCCUCCGUGACGAAAUCCCCACGGCGGAGUACCUCAUCUCCGAGGCUGACCGUGUCGUUACCGACAUUUUUGAUGCCCUGGAGAUCAUUGGUAACAACAACAGUGAUCUGAACCACCUCUUCAUCAACUUCACUCCCGUCUUCCAGCUCCGCCCCGAAGAAGUCGAGCAGUCUCUGCAAGGCUUCCUGGACCGGUUUGGACCCCGUGCCUGGCGGCUGCGUGUUGCUCAGGGUGAAAUCCGUAUUAUUUGCACGGACCCUGAUACUGGCAUGCCUACCCCGCUGCGUAUUCUGAUCACCAACACCUCUGGAUACGUGAUUCAGGUUGAGAUCUACGCCGAGCGCAAGUCUGAGAAGGGCGAGUGGGUGUUCCAGUCGAUUGGUGGCACGACCAAGAUUGGCUCGAUGCACCUGCUUCCGGUCUCUGCGCCUUACCCGACCAAGAACUGGCUGCAGCCUAAGCGCUACAAGGCCCAUCUUAUGGGUACGCAGUACGUUUACGACUUCCCUGAGCUGUUCCGCCAAGCCAUCCAGAACAGCUGGGUCAAGGCUGUCAAGAGCCGCCCGGCGUUGGCUGAGCGCCAACCUGCUGUCGGCGAGUGCAUCGAGUACAACGAGCUCGUCCUUGACGACCAUGACAACCUUGCCGAGGUUUCGCGUGACCCUGGAACCAACACUUGCGGUAUGGUCGGUUGGCUCAUCAACGCACACACGCCCGAGUAUCCCCGCGGCCGGAAGUUCAUCAUUGUGGCAAACGAUAUCACGUACAACAUUGGUUCGUUCGGCCCCAAAGAAGAUAACUUCUUCCACAAGUGCACCGAGCUCGCGCGCAAGCUUGGCAUUCCUCGCAUCUACCUUUCCGCCAACUCUGGUGCUCGCCUGGGUCUUGCCAACGAGCUCAUGCCUCACUUCAAGGUUGCCUGGAACGACCCCGGCAACCAGCAGCAGGGCUUCAAGUACCUGUGGCUUGACGAUACCGCCAAGGAGCGCUUUAACGGAGCAGUCAUCACGGAGGAGGUCACGGAGGAUGGCGAGAAGCGGAACAAGAUUCUCACCAUUGUCGGAACUGAGGAUGGCCUGGGCGUUGAGUGCCUUCGCGGCUCCGGUCUCAUUGCUGGUGCUACUAGCCGUGCUUACAACGACAUCUUCACUGUUACCCUUGUCACUUGCCGCUCUGUUGGCAUUGGCGCCUACCUUGUCCGUCUUGGCCAGCGAGCUGUCCAGAUUGAGGGCCAGCCCAUCAUCCUCACUGGUGCUCAGGCUCUCAACAACCUUCUGGGCCGUGAGGUUUAUGCUUCCAACCUCCAGCUCGGUGGCACCCAGAUCAUGUACCGCAACGGUGUCUCGCACAUGGUUGCCAACGACGACAUGGCUGGUGUGUCCAAGAUUGUUGAGUGGAUGUCGUUUGUCCCCGACCGACGCAACAGCCCUCUGCCUAUCAGCGUGUCUACCGACACGUGGGAUCGCGACGUCCUCUACUGCCCGCCGCAGAAGCAGCCUUAUGACGUCAGGUGGAUGAUCGCCGGUAAGGAGGAAGGUGGCGAGUUCCUGCCUGGUCUCUUCGACAAGGACUCGUUUGUCGAGACUCUGGGUGGCUGGGCCAAGACUGUCGUCGUGGGUCGCGCUCGCCUGGGUGGCAUUCCCAUGGGUGUCAUUGGUGUUGAGACACGCGCGGUUGAGAACAUCACCCCCGCCGAUCCCGCCAACCCCGACUCGAUCGAGCAGGUCAUCACCGAGGCUGGUGGUGUGUGGUACCCGAACUCGGCCUUCAAGACUGCUCAGGCCAUCAACGACUUCAACCACGGUGAGCAGCUGCCGCUGAUGAUCCUCGCCAACUGGCGUGGUUUCUCUGGUGGCCAGCGCGACAUGUACAAUGAGGUUCUCAAGUACGGCAGCUACAUUGUCGACGCUCUCGUCAAGUUUGAGCAGCCGAUCUUUGUCUACGUGCCGCCCUUCGGCGAGCUCCGUGGUGGUUCAUGGGUCGUCGUCGACCCCACCAUCAACCCCACCGCUAUGGAGAUGUACGCCGACGUCGAGGCACGCGGUGGUGUGCUCGAGCCUGAGGGUAUCAUCGGUAUCAAGUACCGCAAGGACAAGCAGCUGGAUACCAUGGCUCGCCUCGACCCUACGUAUGCUGCCCUCCGGAAGCAGAUGGUCGCGGUUCAGAGCAAGGGUGGCAGCGCCGAGGCUCAGGAGGAGAUCAAGAAGAAGAUGGCUGUGCGCGAGCAGCAGCUCCUCCCCAUCUACGCCCAGAUCGCCGUCCAGUUUGCCGACCUGCACGACCGCGCCGGGCGCAUGAAGGCCAAGGGCGUGAUUCGGGAAGUGCUCGAGUGGCAGAACGCGCGCCGCUUCUUCUACUGGCGUGUGCGCAGACGUCUCAACGAGGAGUACAUGCUGCGCCGCAUGGCUACGGCCGCCAACCAGUCUGGCUCGGCUCAGGCUGCCGAUUCUGCCAAGCUGCGCGAGCGGCACCUGCAGCUCCUGGAGGCGUGGUCGGGCAUCACGGGCUUCAAGAAGGCGGACCGGGACGUGGCGGUCUGGUACGAGGAGAACAAGGCGACCAUCUCGCAGAAGCUCGAGGCGAUGCGGGCCGAGGCGGUCACGGCCGAGAUGCGGGAGCUGGUGCAGCAGGGGAGCGGCGGCGACUCGGCGGCGUGGAAGGGCGUGCGGGAUAUCCUGCGGGUGAUGCCUGUUGCCGAGAGGGAGAAGGUGAUGAAGUUCUUGGCUGAGCAAUGA